AUGCGUUUCUUCGCCGUCGUCGCUCUUCUCGCCUCUCUCGCGGUCGCCAGACCCGCUGAGAACGGCAUCCUGAAAACAGAACUUUCCUGUAUUGGACUGACCAACGAAACGUGCGUCACCAAUCUCACCAGUGGAAGAGGCUGCUGCCCUCCCCUCGUCUGUGGAAGUGACCAUAUCUGCCACUCGUCUUACCACUAA